AUGAGGAUCGCCAUUCGCGAGCAGCUCGCAGCCCUCGUCGUCUUUGCUGUUCUCGUCGGUCUCGCUGUUGUCUCUAUCCCUACCUGGAUCUAUGUCAACCGUUUCGUCGUCGACGUCGAGCGCGAGGGCUUGACACUUACGGCCUCGCUCAAGGCCUCGCGCAUUUCCGCAGAGCUGAACCUCGUCCAGACAAGCUGCAUCACCAUCGCCUCUCGCAUUCUUCUUCAGGAUGCCCUUACUGACUUUUACGACACUGGCCGUCGGGACUGGGAUGCCGCCCAGGAGGAUCUCCAGAGUGCUCUCGCCGUCAGCGCGUCUACGGGGUUGUUGCAGAUAAGGUUGUACUCGAGGAAUCAGACGGGUGCUUCGCAAGGUGGUCUGCUCAAUGUCACGUCUCCUGCGGUCCCCAGGAUCGCCUUGCCCUACAGGGACUCGUCUGGCAAUGAGGUCCUCCUUGGUGAUGAUGGUCCGGGCUAUCCCCCGAGCCUCUACCCCAACAUCACUUACGUCGAUCUCGGCCACCCAAAUACCAUCAGGAACAAUACUACAGCUGUGGCUGCAGAGGCCUUCAAGGAUGUGCGCAUCUACCGCGAUGGGGGUUUGCUACUGGGCCCGCUCGUUCUCAAUGAGACAGCGUCUCUCCUGUCCGUAUCGAUACCCAUUCGAAGCAACAACGAUACCUUCAUACUCGGUUACAUGACCGUCGUCGCACUGGCCAGGUCCCUCACCCUCAUACAAGAGUCUCGUGAAGGGUUAGGGAAAACAGGCUCGGUCCUGCUCAUAGGACCUACCGAUCGCUCAAAUCGCUUCAAUUCGUCGUUCCCUGCGAGCAACACGACCUACCUCCCUGACCCAGAAGAGUUUGGCAACCUUAUGGUCAAAUUCAUCCUCCCUCCCAAGACGCCCGAGGGCUAUAGCGACCGCCAUAGCGUUUACCAGUUUGACAAGGAGUACGACAACAAGGCAUUCCCCGUUGAGAAAUACCCAGCCGCCUUUGACUCGUUUGCUAAGCGGUACAAUUCCGUCAACAACGCCAGCGCCAUAAUCAACACUCACAACGAACAGGGCGUCCCGGUCGCUGUUGGAUUUGCGCGUACCCAGACCCCCCUGGUCAACUGGACUGUCAUUGUUGAGAAGGCCAAGUGGGAAGCUUACAAGCCAAUCGAUACACUGCGAAACAUUCUCCUCGGCACUGUGUUCGGAACAGUCGGCUUCAUAGUCAUUCUAGUUGUCCCAUGCGCUCACCUCAGCGUCCUGCCGAUCCGGAAGCUCAAGGCCGCCACUGAGAAAUCAGUCAACCCCCCUGGGUACGAGGAGUCCUUCAUUGACUCGGAAUAUGAGGAUGACGAGGAGCUGCCAAGCUCGGGUGGAAUAUCUCAGAGAUCAAAGAAGAGGGGUUUCUGGUCCAAGAUGAAGCGGCGACUCCAAGGGAAGCGUACCAAGCCGAGCUCCAAUCGAGACGUUGCCCGUCGGAUGUUCAAGAUUCCUGGCAAGGUGGACGACCGGAAACACUUCAUCACGGAUGAGCUCACCGAACUAACGCGGACAUUCAACGACAUGAGCGACGAGCUGGUGAAGCAGUAUCUCUCACUUGAAGUCAAGGUAGCUGAGCGCACGAGGGAGCUCGAAGAGAGCAAAAAGGCGGCCGAAGCUGCCAACGAGAGCAAGACGCUCUUCAUCGCCAACAUCUCGCACGAGCUCAAGACCCCUCUCAACGGAAUUCUUGGCAUGUGUGCCGUCUGCAUGGAAGAGAACGACAUUGUCAGGAUUAAGCAAUCCCUGAAGACCCUCUAUAAGUCAGGCGACCUGCUGCUGCAUCUUCUCGAGGAUCUCCUGAGCUUCUCCAAGAACCAGAUAGGCCAGCAACUUAGCCUCGAGCUGAGAGAGUUCAGUCUGGCCGAGAUCCGGUCACAGAUCCUCACCAUCUUUGACAAGCAGGUGCGAGAAGGAAAGAUCAACUUUUCGGUCGAGUUCCUUAGUUCCGAUAAUGUCGAGAUUGGUAGGAGCCCGGAUCGAGCCGGCGGGGAGACCAAGUUGCCAGCACUGGGACCUCAAGGCACGGGACGUCUUAAGGAUAUGUGGCUCUGGGGCGACCAACAUCGAAUACUUCAAGUCAUCAUCAACUUGGUGAGCAACAGCUUGAAGUUUACUCCCCACAAUGGCAGCGUCUCGGUACGCAUCAAGUGUCUCGGAGAAGCUGAAGUCAUUGCUGAGAACGAGAGCCGCACAUCAUCGCUCUCGAGGAACUCACGAAAUAACUCGCGAACCGGACGCACUCGUCACCGUGGAGCGACCAGCCCGACGCACUCUAGCAGCUCUGGCCGAAAGGACUCAGGACAGCGUUUCAACGGCACCGGAACGGCACUAUCCAUUAACCCCAUGGACCCCAAGGCGACUCCCCAUGUGCAAGUCCGUGAGCGGUCUCCCACGCCUCCACCACCAGGAGCAAAGGCGUACAUAUUCCAGUUUGAAGUUCAGGAUACAGGCCCCGGUAUUCCCGAACACAUGCAACAAAAGGUCUUUGAGCCGUUUGUUCAAGGAGAUCUCGGCCUGAGCAAAAAGUUUGGCGGAACUGGCCUUGGAUUGAGUAUUUGCCAUCAACUAGCUGGCCUCAUGGGAGGAUCGAUAACGUUACGAAGCACCAUGGGCGUUGGCACGACAUUCACGAUGGAGAUUCCUCUUAAAUACGUCAAGAACAGGACUCCUAGCACUGCCUCGAGCAGCGUGAAAUCUCGGCCAACAAGUGUUGAUGCUACUGCCGAUAUGGAGCCACCGCGCAAUCCCAACCCUCCGAAGCCCGCAACCGAUACCAAGUCGUCCAGCGUCCUGAACCCUCAGCCCCGACUGGUCGGUCUAAGCCAACCGUACUUUGCUGCUGACCCUCCUGCUCCGAGGAGCACGACGCAAAAGAUGGCCGAAAUCGAUCGAGCACUGGCCAAUAAGAAUGGUCAAGGGAAGCUGCGUGUCCUGGUCGCCGACGACAACUCGACCAACAUUGAGGUCGUCAGCCGGAUGCUCAAGCUCGAGGAUGUCUACGACGUGACCAUUGCCAAGGACGGCCAAGAAGCUUACGAGCUGGUAAAGGCGACCAUGGAGAAGAACGAGGCGUUUGAUGUCAUCUUUAUGGACGUCCAGAUGCCCAACCUCGACGGUCUACAGAGCACCCGUCUUAUCCGCGAGAUGGGAUACACUUCCCCUAUCGUUGCCUUGACGGCCUUCUCCGAGGAGAGCAACGUUAAGGAGUGCAUUGACUCUGGCAUGGACGAGUUCCUCGCCAAACCGAUCCGACGGCCGGCUCUCAAGCAGGUUCUCAAGAAGUUUGCGACAAUUCCGGAGGAGCCGGAGAAUGAGAAGCGCUCCCCUUCAGUCAAGCCGUCAACACGGACAAACGGGAAUGCAAUCCAACCACACACUGAGGGACAGAAUGGUACUCUCAAGGAAAAGGAGGGUUGA